AUGUCAAAUGAAAUCAAAAGUGAAGAAGAUCAGCUAUAUGAUAUAUUGAAUCUUUCACCUCCAGUAGAUAUAAAGUUAAACAGUCCUAUAAAUAUGGCAGGACUGGGCCGUUAUAACUCAAUGGAGGAGAACCAAUACCUGAAGCCAGAAACGGAAGAUUUAUUCAUUAAACCAGUAAUGGGGGUACCGGUGAAUGCCCAGCCGAUGCAAUCCGCAAUGCAUGGAGGAGGAAACCAACGGAUGUCACAUACAAACACGAACUCUUCAAUUUCAGUAGGCAAUAACCAACAGAAUGGAGAUAUGUACGAUGGAAUGUUCAAUAGGAAUGUGAAUAUUAACUUGAGCAAUAAUCCAGGAUUGUCGUUAAAUUCUAAUAACCUUCAGCAAUUAAAUAGUGAGUUAUUGUCACCGCCAAACAUGUUUGGAAACCUGAAUCACCUUCAUCCACAAUCCCCCUCGGUAUAUUCAUCGCAUUCAUUGUAUAGUGAUACCUCGCUGAAUCCAGGCAGUCCAUAUGUCGACGCUGCUUCGCAUUUCAGUAAUGCUUAUUCUGAUGUGCAACAGCAUCCACGACAACAACAACAACAACAAUACCUUGACUCUAAUAACCAAGGUAACUUAAAUUCGUUUGAUACUGAAAUUGCCCUAGGAGGUUCUAUUUCGAGUACAAAUCUCAUGGGUAUGUCAGAAAACGCAAUGCAACAACCUGUUCCUCAAUUUAAUUACUCAGUCACCCAAGCAUUUAACGGACAACAAGAACAAUAUAAUGGAAGCAAUAAUUUAGAUUCAAAUAACCAAAGCUACAAUUAUCAACAAAACUUGAAUUCCAUGAACAAGUUGACAGAAAAUAACUUGAUUAAUUAUAAUACAAUGCAAAAAGAGUCACAGCGCGAGGUGUCAAUUUCCAUAGACCAGGUACCGGAGCAAGUGGCGGCCAAAACACCAUCUUUAUUCAGUAAUUCAUCACAUAAUUCGUCUAAUAAUUCUCCUCAUAGACAAAAUCAUGGCAAUGAGUUGAUACCCAAUUAUCAAUUAACGCCUACUAGUCCCGGGUCAGUCAUUUCAGACGUAUCCGAUCAACAUAGUUCGUUAUUAAAUCCAGAUGAGUAUCAAACCAUUAAGAGAGGUAGAAAGAAGAAUCAUUCUGCAAGGUCUCUGCGGUCUAGACUGACUUCCCGGUCUAGAUCGAAGAGUAUAUCCCAGGAAGAGGAUCUCGAUGACGAUGAAAGCUCUGUUGCUUCGAAUAAUGGGGCAGUUUCGUCAAGAGAAAAGAUGUUAGAAUUGGCAUCACCAAAUCAAUCCUCCAAAAGAACUCAAAAGCAUCCAUCCGUAUACGCGUGUCAUUUGUGUGAUAAGAGGUUUACAAGGCCUUAUAAUUUAAAAUCACAUCUUAGAACCCAUACCGAUGAGAGACCUUUUAUUUGUAAUGUAUGCGGGAAGGCUUUCGCAAGACAACAUGAUCGUAAAAGACAUGAGGAUUUGCAUACGGGAGAAAAGAAAUUCCAAUGUAAAGGAUUUUUAAAGGAUGGUACACCCUAUGGUUGUGGAAGAAAGUUCGCAAGGGCGGAUGCUUUAAGAAGACAUUUUCAAACUGAGGCAGGUAAGGAAUGUAUUAGACUUCUAGUCGAAGAAGACGAAAGAGAUCGUGGGGAUGAUCCGCUGAGAGAUCCAGCAUCUAUCGGUGAAUCUGGAACAGCUAAUGAAUACUUGAGUCCAACGAGUGCAUUAAUAAGUAGUACGUCGAAUAGCAUGCAUUCAAUUCCUCAAGUGGCUAUUUCUCCUCCAGAUUAA